GACGGUGGGCUAGACCAUUCCUGGGUAGGGGACCCUGGACCGUACAAAUCGAUCUGGGUAGCAGCGUGCAUCCGCACUCGUCUUAAGUUCUGAUUACAGAUGCGAUGUGAUCAGCUGUUUCAAGAUUUGUUUUUCUGCUUUGCUUCCUUUCUAUGAACUAUGAGCCCAGCAAACUCAUUUUUCCUUAGCUUGUUUUUGUCACAGCUACGGGAACAGAAACCAAGACCUUGCCCAAGUGACCGAGUCUAAUUGUGUGGUAAGUAGUGAUUAAGUACACUAGGGUAGGAGCAUAGUUUUAAACACAAGAAUCCAGUGUCCUUUCAACGAAAUGAUUUUUGAUUCAUUUAAUUUUCAGAAAAUUCUAGUCUCUUGCCCUCUAUUCCAGAAGCUUUCGGUAGAGGGCGGCUAAAGGCUCCUGGUGAAAAGCAGGCGCCAUUGGAGCCUCAGUGGCCACCGCAACGAGCAACCACUGUGCUUGCAGGAGCUUGAGGAGGGCGGAGCCGGAGGCCGGGAGGCUAGAGCCAGAGAGCACCGCGUGGGAGGACUGCGCAGGGCCAGGCGCGCGUGCGGGCGGUGCACAGCAGUGCAGGGAGAGGUGCUGGAGGUUGCAAGGCUGUGCAGAGAGCCCGGGUGGGUGCAUAAGGCAGAGAGAGGGGCAGGACAGGGGGCAGGACGUUGCAUUGGGCGUUGCACUGGAGGUGCAGGGUUCUGGACAUUGCACUGGGGGUGCAGUGCUCUGGGCGGUGCACGGGGUGGUGCGGGGCGCAGGGCAGCUGACAGCGUCAUCAGGCGGGAGCAAGGCGCGCUCCGCCUCAGCAGCCACCGCAUCGCGCUGCGCGCAGCGGGUCCCGGAGCUGCGCCUGGAGACCUGCGGCUCUGAGCCGGCUCUCCCCAGGUAUCUCCUGGUCAGUAGUGGAGUUCUGAAGCAACAUGCCGGAACAGAGCAACGACUACCGGGUGGCGGUAUUUGGGGCAGGUGGUGUUGGCAAGAGCUCCCUCGUUUUGAGGUUUGUGAAAGGGACCUUCAGGGAGAGCUACAUCCCAACCGUGGAAGACACCUACCGGCAGGUGAUCAGUUGUGACAAGAGCAUAUGCACGCUGCAGAUCACCGACACCACCGGGAGCCACCAGUUUCCGGCCAUGCAGCGGCUGUCCAUCUCCAAAGGCCACGCCUUCAUCCUGGUCUACUCCAUCACCAGCCGGCAGUCCCUGGAGGAACUCAAGCCCAUCUAUGAGCAGAUCUGCGAGAUCAAGGGGGAUGUGGAGAGCAUCCCCAUCAUGCUGGUGGGUAACAAGUGUGAUGAGAGCCCCAACCGCGAGGUCCAGAGCAGCGAGGCAGAGGCCCUAGCCCGCACGUGGAAGUGCGCCUUCAUGGAGACGUCCGCCAAGCUCAACCACAACGUCAAGGAACUCUUUCAGGAACUCCUCAACCUGGAGAAGCGCAGGACCGUGAGCCUCCAGAUCGACGGCAAGAAGAGCAAGCAGCAGAAGAGGAAGGAGAAGCUCAAGGGCAAGUGCGUGGUCAUGUGAGAGGCCUUCGUGCAGGAGCUGCUACUCUCAGGGCCUCUCUCUUCCUCCCCUCUGUGAACCCCCACUGUCGUCAGGGCAGCAUGUCCGAUGCCCGUGUGUUAAAACAUUGCAUUUGGCUGCGACAUACCCUGCAAUGUCCUUCAGAGGCAUUCCACACACCCCACUAGCCCAACCCCCUCAGGAGAUGCAGAACCUGGGAUGCUCUUAGCAUCCCAGGAAGCCAAGGCCAGUCCUGAGUGGGCUUUAGCCAUUUGGAGAUGAGGGGACUCUGAGCUGUGGACACAGGAGCAACUGAGAGUACUGUGUGAUGCAUGUGCGUGUGACAGCAGGUUAGACUGUGGCUACCGGUACCAUCCUGCAUCAGGCAGCUUAGAUCAGAAGUCACUAAUGUCUUUGGGGGAGGAGCAGGUAGGCAGUCAAAGGGGGUGAGAAACCAGUGGGUCCAACAUGGACCUACGGAUCCCAGUGGUUCCCGUGAGUGGAUUUUUAGUGGGAUUAAAGACAAAAUACCAUAACCCCUUUCUAAGUGAUACUCGAGCUAUUCCUACUGACACACACUAAGGGGUUGCCCCCCCUCUUCCUCAAAGCCUUCUUAGUAAGCACCGUGUCAGUCUGUUAGGAGUACACACUUCACAUGUAAUGUCAAGGCCACUUGCGGCAUGAUGCUGUGUCAGCACUUCUUCAGUUUUUGAGUCAGGACAUUGUGACAUCAUGUAAACAUCGCAAUAACGCCCCUGUGUGUGUGUAUGUGUGUGUGUGUAGGUAUGUGUGUAAGUAUGUGUGUAUGUAUGUGUGUGUAUAUGUAUGUGUGUGUAUGUGUGUAUGUGUAUAUGUGUGUGUGUCCUCUAUACUUUGAGGGUUCUAGAGACGUGAACUAACUUUCUUCUGACCUUCGAGGGUUGCCACUUCUUCCAGCCCUCCAAUUUUUAAAUAAAAGGAAAUAAAGUAGGUAUGUUUUUAGACUUCCUCUUCCCCUCCCACAAGAUGGUUUUCCUGUCUUAACUAACUCCACGUGUACCCAGCUGGGAACCAGCCAAGCAAGAGCGUCUAAUAACCAGAAGCACAUCCAUUUUUUUCUAACUGACACGAGCAUGUAGAUGCUACGCAUUGCACCUUAAUGAAAUACUUUGAAACAGACGUCGUUCACUGUGUUUUUAACGAUUUAUCUACAUCAGAAGUAGAUUGCUAGAAAAUACAUCUAAUUCGUAGUAAAUCUUCUCCUUGUUCCUUGCUGAAUGCCCUUAAGAGUUCCUCAGUGCAGCGUGCACCCCAGAAGCAAUCCUCUCCUAAGGACUUUUGAGUGCACCCCGUAUUCUUCAGAAGGAAUCAUAGCUACUGCUUGAGGGAUCAGUGGCCACGGUGGCUGCAGAUAGGUUGGGCGAGGGAUCAGCGGCCACAGUGGCUGCAGAUAGGUUGGGCGAAUCUCUCUUUCCUGGGUACAGUGCCCAUGGCUUAGUGUAAUUUGCCUGCCAUCCUGGAGUCUGGCUGGGUUUUGAUUCUUGGAAAUUCUUACUUCCAUAGUCAAUGAUAAGACACAUGCUGGUCUUGGGUGCCAGCUCGACCAUUCUCUAAGCCAUCUUACCACCGACCAGUCCGCGGGUAGAGGAGGCUCUAUGCAGUACUCUCAUGGCCAGCGGGCAGAGGUCCCGAUGCUGGGGUGUUUUGGUAGCCCUCUUGCUCCACCAAAGCCUCCAAAGCACACUGUGUUCAAACACUCUUGCUUCCUUAAGACCUCUAUAAUUCAGUCCCCUCAUCUGGUCUAGCCCUCUUUGCUCUGUCAAUCAUAACUCACCCUGGUGAUGUGCUGAGUGCCAGGGAGUUCCCUCAGAAAACCGUAUCGCCUCAGCGAUCUUACCAUCUCCUUAGACUUCUAGAACCAAACCCUUGGGGUUACCUGGGCAAGCAGCCACACUGAGAAAUGAGGAAGCCCAGGAACCAAGCAAGAAGAGCCUGGAGCCCUUGUACCCCGCCCAGGGCCACUCUGAGUCUCUUCUAUCUUCCCCAUUUGUUCCCAAUGGCCAUUCUUUAUCACACUGAGAUGGAGUUGUGGAAUUUUCUUGAAUGUCUUCAAUUUGUUCCAUUUCUCCUCUCGGAGAAAACAUAUCACCUUGUCAUUUAGAUUUGGGGAACAGCAAGGGAAAGACCAUGGCCCUGUGGAUGAUGUGGCACAUACAUUAUCUACACAUCAUAUAGGAUAUAUACAUUUGUGGCGAUCCCUUUGCAGUAAAAUCCUGUCUGUCCUACCAACUGUCACCAUGCUUUAGACAAGAGCAUUGUGCUCCAUGCUUCUCUGUUUCCAGUGACCACACAUCAGGGUUCUUUCAGCCCUGUGUGUCAGUUUCCAUAUUCCUAAGUGUUUCAGUCUUCAUUGACACAAGGAUCUUGCUACAGCUCCAUCCAGUCUUUGCUCCUCUCUAUGCUGUCUGUGAGUUUAGAGGUUGGUGAAGCCUCCCUCCUUGGUCUUCAUUCUGACACUAUGUUCUAUAGAUUGAUCUGAACACUGGGUAGCUAUCUUAAUAUCGCCUUUGGCAAACUUCCCUCUGGCUCAGGGGCUGAGGACACAGUACUAUUAGGCCAGUGGCUUUCAGCUUUGCUUUGGUCCCAGCCCAAGUCAUGAAGCUGAGACUUUUGGUAAUAUCCUACAUUGCACAUGGGACUGGAAACUUCUGACCCAGCCUCAGCUCAUUAUAAAACUUGAAAUAUUGCUUUGAAGAAGGCACUCUGGGGUUAAGCACGGGACUCUAUGAGCUCCCUAAUCCCCACUGGUCCCCUCUCCAUUCAGUGACAAGCCAUGGGCACGCAUCCAAUGCAUCAAGUCCAACACAAGAGCAAUAUCCAAUUGUCCACUAGAUCUAAAAUUAUAUAUAUAUAUUAUGUAAUUUAUCUUCCUGCACUUUUGAAGCAUAAAGUAGUAAAUUGUACAUAUAUAUCUCUAUAUAUCAAUAUGCUAGUAUAUUGGUUUCACUCUUUGUAACAUUCUUUGUAGAAGAAGAUGUACUAAAUAUUUUAAAAUUGCUCUGUGUUAUUCCACCCUACCCCAAGUUUGUAACGUGUUGCUCCUACUCAAGCUGUUUGGAAAUACCCAAAGCCAAAGGGGCAUAUGGAACUCCUACAGGAAGGACACCUCCUGGGAUUCAGUAGCCCACAAAGACCUUGUGUCAAUCAAGUAUCUGUGAUCAAAUAGAGUGAUCAUUGGCAUGUGAGACACCAGCACAUGCUUCCACUUCAGCCCUUGCUGUUCCGGUUCCAUUUCUGGGUAUGUCAGACAUAGUCCGUGGUUACAAGGAUCACCUUGUACAAGGUUCUAGCUGCAGUGAUGGCCCCAGUCCACGGAACCAGUUACAAUAAAGCUCAGUUACAGCA